UGUCAGGGGACAGUGCAGUUUUGUUUCAUCCGGUGCGCGGGAGAGGAGGGUCGGGGGCCCGCGCUGGCGUCUGGGAGGCUGCGCGUCUCCGCAUCCCUGCGCGCACGUAGGAUCAUCUGAAUGAGCGCGUCGGGAUGUGGGAAUCGGGACUGAGAUGCUGAAGAUAACGAGGUUCCUGUCUGUCUCCGUCUUGUGUGGCUCAUUGCGUAUAAAAUCAUGCCUGCCUCUCAUACUGCAGUAGAGUUGUGCAGGUGUAUCAGAGACUCCAGUGGCAGAUGACCGCAGACAUGGCCAUACAGAGACAGUGUGGACUUCUCCUUUUGUGCUUUACAUUUAUAGAUGCUAAAGUGGAUAUCAUUACCAGUGACCCUGAUGUACAGGUCGGGAGUGAUGUUCUACUCUUGUGCAAAGCUGACGCAGAGGGAGAUAUCAGCUGGUUAAAGGAUGCUGAAGAAGUUGAUGAAGAUCAUCAUUUAAUUGAGAAAGUGGAUGAAUCAUCAAAUAAACUGAAGCUGAGGAACAUCCAGUUGACUGACAGCGGGGUUUAUACCUGCGUGUUUGAAAAUGAUCACGGCACCCGGAGAAGCCAAUACCAGAUCUAUGUGUAUCAGGCACCGGACUUUGGCACCACGAGGACCUAUCAUGAAUUUCUGGUGAACCAGACAGUGAACAUUCCCUGCGUGGUCUCUGGGAAGCCGGAGGUGGAAGUUCAGUGGUAUCGGAACAAUCGCAUCAUUAAUGAUGACGGUCGUGCAGGUAUAGGUCAGCUCAAAAUCUUGCCCGAUAGAUCCUUGCAGAUUGUGGGAAUUCAACAGGAGGACCGUGGAACGUACACGUGUGAGGGCAGAAUCAAAGGACGUCCCAUCACUAGAACCCUUCAGAUCUCUGUUGUUGUUAAUGAACCACCAACUGUGCUGAUUCAUCAAGAAAGGAAUAGUGUUUUUGCUGGACCCAACACCAGCGUGUCUAUAAUCUGCCUGGUGAAAGGACAACCAACCCCAAGUAUCACAUGGACAACCCCGUCCACUUCUGAUAAGUCACGUUACAACUAUAACUCUGAUAAGAGUGAGCUGACCAUCUCCGGUGUAACCAGGAGUGAUUUUGGAGAGUAUGUCUGCACAGCUACCAAUAAGAUUGGAAACAACAGCGCCACCUUUAUUCUGGACGUCUCAGAGCGUCCUACUGUAGUUUUGGAUCCAAGCAGGUUGACCAUCAUUCCAGGCGAAAGCGGAUCUGUGCUGUGCAAUGCCACCGGACAUCCAACACCAACCAUGCAGUGGGUCAAAAAGAGCAACCAAGUAAAAAUGACCAGUGUGAUGGGAUCUGAGCUGAUUCUUACAAAUGUGACGCCCUCUGAUGGUGGCUUCUACUCCUGCAUAGCCAGCAAUAAAGCCGGCACAACCACAGAAGACUUCCAGCUUAUAACCUGGCCUGGGAUACCCACUGAGUUCAGCGUGGCUCCGGGACCCUCAUCUUCUGUCCUCAUUCAAAGGGUUAAAGUGCAGGACGGAGGCACCCCCAUCACCUAUUACAUCAUUCAGUGGAAAAAACCUUCUCAAGACGACUGGGGUCAAGUUGAUGUCAAGUCCACAGAUCCUUUGAUGAUCGAGGGCCUUGAUCCGUACACAGAGUACUCCAUUCGAUUUGCAGCUAAAAACGCUUUCUAUCAGGGCAACUUCUCCACCAAGCAAAAGAUUUUCACACAGUCACAUCGAGAACCUAGCACCCCUGUUCUCUCUCUGAGCGAGAAGAAGUUAGAGAAGAACUCAGUCUCAAUCCCCAUUAAACAGAUAAAUGAUGAAGGUUCACCCACCCUGCACUAUGUUGUACGAUACAAAAUGAACAAGGAAAAUGAGGACUGGACGGAGAAACAAAUGCCUGGAAACCUGAGCAAAAUCCAUCUGCAUAAUCUCCAGUACAACUCGGACUAUCAGAUGGAAGUUUUUGCAGUAAACCACAACGGCUCCUCCAGCUCUACCCAUGUUAACUUCACCAUCCCUCAACCUGUUAGUCAGCCGAGUUUGGGUAAAGGUGGGGUUGUGGGCAUCGUCAUGUUCAUUUUCCUGCUGCUGAUGCUAUCUGUAGAUGCUUUCUGCUGCUACACCAACCACUGCGGCUUGCUUAAUUUCGUUGCUCGUAAACUAUUUGGACACAAAGAACCCGAGUCUAAAGGCAUGGAUGAAGAGGCGAAUAAUGUAGACGUGAAGUUGAGUGGGCUUGAACUACCACGAGGCAGCAUCCCCAAACUUCAGGCACCCAAAGGGGCAGUGAAUGGCGUUCAUUCAGAGGUCACGUGUGACAAAGCACCUCUUACCAAAUUCGAGAAAAAACCAGACACCACUGAUCCAGCUACAGAAGCGUAGACCAAGAGGACCAUCCAAAUCUACCGUGUGAAGAAACUUCACAUUCAUCUCAGGUCGUCUUUUGGGCUUCAAGGUGAAGCGUGUCAUUUUUUAUGUUAAAAAACGUCUCCUGAUGCGGUCAAGAACAAACAUACAAACGUAAGCAAGACGACUGUGACUCACAGGAACGAGUUUGGACUUUGUGUUUUGUGAUUGAGUUAAAUAUACACACACAGUUUGUGUAGAGAUCCAGCACUGUAUAAGUGACAACCGCUGCUAAUGCAAGUUCAGGCAGAUAAAUGAGGAAAGCAGCUAUUUCUCAGUCUUUACCUGAAUUAAAUCGUAGAAAAAAGUGUUUUAUUACUGUAAUACUGGGAGCAUCAUGAUUCUCCGGGGCAUUGCUACUGUUAAUUUAUUGCGCAUUUAACAUAUGCUUGUAGAAAGAAUUGUAUAUUACUUUGCAUAAAGAGAAAAAACAACAUUUAUAUUACGUUUUUAUAUAAACUUUUAUAUUUAUAUUUCAUUUUAUAUUACAUUAAAUGAAUAAAUUUUUGAUCUUGAUAUUAACUGUGGAUGUAAAUACAAUUACAUGCAGGCAGAUGGACAUGAUGUAUAUAGACUUAAUCAUUUUUACAGUAUAUUGUAUAUAUUAUUUUUGUCAUGCUUUUGCAUUCAUUGUAAUGUAUGACCCAAUAAUGACUGUAUUCAUUUAUUCUGUGUUGUUAGUAUCUUUAGUGUUUGCAAAAAAAGAUGUAUUCAUCCCUAAUGUUGAAACAACUACUGAAAUGUGAUGAUUUUGAAUAAAAAGAAAGAAAUACAGUAUAUACACCUGCUUGCUGAA